AUGUCUCCCCUCGCCCCCAAGCUCCCCACCCCCAUCACCAUCCCCCCGACCUCCCUCUACACGCACCCCACCCCCCCGCUCACCCCCCUCACCCCACACCCUCUCACCGCCACCCCCGCCCCGCCCCAGCACCUCCUCUCAACCCCCUACACAGCCAAACUGGGCUCCGGCGCCUGGUCAACCGUCUACGCGCUGACCCCCCAGCUCGCCGUCAAGACGCCCUCCAACCCCUCCGCCCUCCCCAUCCUCCACGCCGAGGCCUCAAUCCUAUCACACCUCACAACGACCCUCACCGCAUCCCCGCCGUGCAUUGCGAGAAUCCACUACUACGACCCCAAGACGGCGCACCUGUACCUAGACCACCUCGCCGCCGGCACGCUCGAGUCCCUCGCCCGCGCCGCGCCCGCCACAACAAAGACCAAGACCCAGCGCGGCGAACCGGUGCUGGGCUUCGCGCAGUGGCUCUUCCUGGCGGAGCGCCUCGUGGCCGCCGUGCGCGCCGUGCACGCCGCCGGCGUCGUCCACGGCGACAUCAAGUGGGGCAAUGUCCUGCUGCGCCCGUACGCGGGGGGUGAUGAGGUGUGGGAUGCGUACUGCGCCGAGAACCCCGGUGCGGCGUUGAUGGAGCCCGUGCUGUGCGACUUUUCGAGCGCGCAGCUGGGCGGCGGGGGCGGCGGCGGGGGGGAGGAAGUGAGUGCGGUGACGACGGGGUUUGCGGCACCGGAGGUGUUGAGGGGAUUUUUGGGCGGGGGGGGCGCGCCGUUGAGGGGGAGUGCGGAUGUGUAUAGUGUGGGUAUGACGCUGCUGGCGGCGGCGCUGGGGAGUGAGGUUUAUGAGGGCGUGAGGCAUGUGGGGAUUUAUGCGAGGGAGGGGGAUCCGGUGGGGUGGGUGAGGGGUGGGGAGAGGGCUGUGAGGGUUGCGAGGGGGGGCGUGGUGGAGGGGGUGGUGAGGGGGUGUUUUGGGAGGGGGGAGGAGGGAAGGGUGGGGUUGGAGGAGGUGGCGGAGAGGGUGAAGGUAUGGAAGGGACGGUGGUGGGAGGAGGGACGGGGGGGUGGGAGGUGGGGGUGGUAG